AAAUAUCUAUAAAAUCAUAGUUUAAUUUAUUUUUUCUUUAAAGAUAAUUGAAUCGUUUAGGUAUACUAUUAAUUGUCAUUGUCUUAAAAGAUGAAAGGUGCCGCUGUUUUAGCAUUGGCUCUUUUUGUGGCUGCUAGUAUUGCAGAUGUUGAUAUUCUUGAAGUUAACGUAAUCAGCAGCAACGUACCCAACAUAGACUACACAGUGACAGCACGGGAAACCUUACUAGAAACCUACCAGCUGUACCCAACCAACCAAACCAAAAGAUUGACCGCUUUCUCGCUGCUCUUUAACGAAACUCACCCAACUUACAACGGCUGGAAAGUUAGCCAAAAUUGUAGCGGAUUCUUCAAUCCAACGGAACAUUAUUGGGUCACCUUGAACGUUACGUCCAGUGACGGAAACUUGAUUAUCAAAAUAUUUGAUUAAAUAACUUGACGAAACAUACUUUCCUGAAGCAGAAAUGUUUAAUAGAGUCGAGUAUUUGUAGUUUUGUAAAGUGUUCUCUCUAUUUAUGAAUAAACAAUCGAAAAAAGUACAAUAUACGAUAAUAAACUGGCAGACAUAAUACAA